AUGAAUUUGGCGGAUUUACCGGGAGCCUUAUCUCCGAAAAAUGCUCCGGUGGUACCACCACCGCCACCACCGCCUGUACGUCCCAAACCGAAGAGACCGUCGUGUGAUUCUGGAGAAGCGGCAUUGAGGAGUCCGUUGCGGGAGCGCAAGAAGAAUCAAAACUUCAAUUUUGCAAGAUAUCCAAAAUAUGCGAAUCCGGGAGCACCGGUGGCUCCAGUGGUGACUCCGCCCCCACUCCCGCCGGCUCUUUCGCCCAAAAAACCGAUCACCCCGCCGAUUUCACCGAAACCCCAAUCUCCCGCCAAAUCCAAACACCACAACAACCGUCGUCACCAAAAGGACCGCGAAAAACCAAAAAAAGAAGAAUCCCCCGAAUCUAGCCAACCGGAAACCGACAGUAACCCAGGAUCGGCCGAAAAAGGAAAAUCUCCGCUUCCCGCCGCCAAAUCACCGGCCGCCCGGUCGUCAGUGAUGUCGGAAGUAGAUGGAAAUCAAGAUUCUGAGAAGACGACGUCGCCAUUGGUAUUUGUGAUUCGCAUCUGCUACUUCACCUCUUUCCUUCUUUUCAUCAUUGUUCUCAUCCUCUGGUUCCUAGCCGCUACUACAGUACUCCACUACAUCGAAAUGGAAUUUUUCGAAAAAAUAUUUAUUGGAUAA